UAAUUAAAAAUACUUAACGUAUCUUUGUGUACUUUGCAGUUGUUUGUAUCGUGCUAAGCAAAUAGUAAUAAUCUUAAUUAUCCGUAAUAUCAUUUAGAUGUAGAUAAGCAGUCGUCGAGUGAACUGAUUGCGAGAUAGCGGCUUGGGAUAAUUUUAGUGAUAAGAAUUUAUUUAAAUUAAUACAGACAUGAGUGAGCGACCACAGCCACUGAAGGCCAUAAACAGGCUGUUUGAGGGCCGGGAGCCAUGGCAGAUAGUCACCAUGACUGCCUCCUCGGUGCUCGCUCUAGUUUGGGCACACAGUCUCUACAACGCACAAGAACCGGUCACAAGCAGACUCCGCAAGGAGUUCUUCAGAUGGCUGCGAUCAGUUCCGUUCGUGCGGCGCAAGAUAGACGACAAGAUGGCAGAAAUCAACAGGGACUUCCGCGCCGACGUUACCAAGAGGCUUGCAGGCUUGACCGUCAGAAGGCAGUUGCCAGAGAAGGGUCUGACUGCAGAGGAGGUGGCUGAAGAAGUCAGGGAUCACCUCACACUAGGUGCUUAUGACUGGAAGAGUGGUACAGUCUCUGGUGCUGUAUACCACCUAAGUCAAGAGAUAGCCAAGGUGGCAACCGACGCAUACUCCCUGACAGCAUACACCAACCCUCUCCACUCCGACGUGUUCCCCGGCAUCAACAAGAUGGAAGCGGAGGUCGUGCGCAUGGCCGCCAACCUGUUCCACGGGGGGGACGAGUGCUGCGGCACUGUAACCACAGGCGGCACAGAAUCCAUAAUGAUGGCCUGCAAAGCGUUCCGCGACCUCGCCUAUAGUAAAGGCAUCACCAACCCUCAGAUAGUUGUACCUUCUACGGUACACUCGGCGUUCGAUAAGGCCGCGCAGUACCUAGGCCUGGGCGUGGUCACGGUCAAAGUUGACCAGAACACUAUGACGGUCAAUGUGGAUGAUGUGAGGAAGGCGAUUGGCAGGAGGACUUGUCUGAUAGUCGGCUCAGCGCCCAACUUCCCCUACGGCACCAUGGACGACAUCAACGCCCUCUCCAACCUGGCCCUGGAGUACGACGUCCCCCUCCACGUGGACGCGUGCCUGGGGGGCUUCGUGGCCGCCUUCAUGCCGGACGCCGGACAUCCGGUGCCCGUGUUCGACUUCCGGCUGCCGGGGGUCGCUAGCAUGUCCGCUGAUACGCAUAAAUAUGGGUUCGCGCCUAAAGGAACAUCAGUGGUGUUAUACCGUAAACUAGAAUACCGGCAUUGCCAGUACACUGUCACCACGGAAUGGCCAGGAGGAGUAUAUGGCUCGCCUACUGUCAACGGCAGUAGAGCAGGAGGGCUGAUCGCGGCUUGCUGGGCUACCAUGAUGUUCGUGGGACACGCUCGAUACGUUACGAUGACGGAUGAGAUCCUCCGCGUCACUAAAUAUAUCGAGGCUGAAUUACGCACAGUGGAAGGCAUAUUCAUCUUCGGCAAACCGGCGACGACGGUUGUCGCGUUCGGCUCGGACAAGUUCGACAUUUUCAAGAUGGCGGAGCUGAUGCACAAGAAGGGGUGGAGUCUUAACGCCCUGCAGUUUCCUUCCGGGAUCCACAUUUGCGUGACGCACGCGCACACGCAGGCCGGCGUGGCGGAGCGUUUCGUAAGCGACGUGCGCGAGGCCGCGGGCGCGUGCCUGCAGGCCUCCGCCGGCCCCGUGCAGGGAAAGAUGGCAAUCUACGGCGUGGCGCAGGAAAUCUCCGACCGCAGCCUGGUCUCCGACAUCACGAAGUACUUCAUAGAUUCCAUGUAUUAUCUACCCACGGCGGAGGACAAACUAUAACAAGUUUAUAUAUAUUGACGUGAUAAUGUCUUAUAAAUCGAUG